CUGUGGUUGCGCAGUAGCUAAGUUUUGGCACCACGAACUUGGGGUGUGUUUGGGGUUCAUUUUACAUGUAGCGGGGGAUGGUUUCGCCUGACAGUCGAACCGGCCUGUGAGUUACAUGUCGGCCCUUUGCUUCCUGAACCGUCGCCGCCCGUUGGAGAAGAAAUCAAAGAGCAAGCUAGCCGCUUUUAGCUAACGCGGCUAACAGCUGGUUAGCUCUGCGGCUAGUUACGCUGCCGCCAGCCAGCCAACCAGGUAUAAAGGGCAGCAGUUAUGACCUAUGACUGCCCAUCCAGAGACAUGUACCCACCCUCCAGAAAGGACUUCAUCUCUCUGACACUCAGUGACCAGCACAGCCGCACUUACAACAAUGGCAAGCACAGACGACAGUCCUGCUGGAGGAAAUGGAAGCAGCUGUCUCGGCUACAGCGGAGUCUCAUCCUGUUCCUGCUGGCUUUGCUCCUCAUAUUUGGACUGUUCUCCUAUCCUAGCCUCGCAGAGCAGUGGAGAGACAAGGAAGACUGGAUGAAACUGGAAGACAGAGAAUUGAAGGCCAUGCCUCCAGGGGUGAAGCCUGUGGUGGGGCCAGCUGUCGGCAAGGCUCCAGUUCUUGCAGCAGGACCAGAUCUGGGUCCAGCUGUGAGUGCAGGGCUCAUACCAGAUGUCGCUGCAGAGCCCGAAAGACCAAAAGUGCCCAUUCUGCCUAAACCUCCCAUAAAGAAAAGACCGUUCCUAAACAAGAGGGGUCCGCCAAGCCUGCAGAAAGGCGGAAACGUGUCCGACUCAGUGGGGAGGGAAAAACAAGAGCAACAGCUAGUUAAAGCUGAAGAAGGAGAGGAGGAGGAGGACAGAGAGAAGAAGAUCGUCAGCUGGCGAGGGGCAAUGAUAGAAGCAGACCAGGCCACAGAGCCUCUGCCCUCUGCCAAUGAGAAGGAAGCCGCAGCGCCUCCAGGGCCGGCCAACCCUGAUGACACAGUUCCACUGGUACCAGUUUCUGUUGGACCUGUGGACAGACUGGAGGCGGUACGUGACACCUUCAGGCAUGCGUGGAAGGGCUACAAGGAGCACGCCUGGGGUCACGAUGAGCUCAAGCCUGUCUCUAAGUCUUAUGGGGAGUGGUUUGGCUUGGGUUUGACGCUUGUUGAUUCUCUGGACACCAUGUAUAUUCUUGGACUGAAAGAAGAGUUUGAGGAAGCAAAAAACUGGGUGGAAACCCAGCUGUCCUUCUCCAAGAAUGUGGAUGUGAACCUUUUUGAGAGCACCAUCCGUAUCUUAGGGGGGCUGCUCAGCACCUACCACCUAACAGGAGACCAGCUGUUCUUGGAGAAGGCGAAAGACAUUGGGUCCAGGUUAAUGCCUGCCUUCAAAACACCCUCCAAGAUCCCGUACUCAGAUGUGAACAUAGGGAAGGGAACGGCCCACCCACCUCGCUGGACAUCAGACAGCACCCUGGCCGAGGUCACAAGCAUCCAGCUGGAAUUCAGGGAACUUAGCCGACUCACCCAAGAGCCACACUAUCAGGAGGUGGUGAACGAGGUAAUGAAGCUGGUCCACAAGCUGCCAGGGAAGCAUGACGGCCUGGUGCCCAUGUUCAUCAACACCAACAGUGGCCAGUUCACCCACAAAGGAGUUUUCACUCUAGGUGCCCGGGCAGACAGCUACUAUGAAUACCUGCUCAAACAGUGGAUCCAGGGAGGCAAGACAGAAGACGACCUGUUGGAGGACUACCUUCAGGCUGUGGAGGGUGUGAAAAAGCAUCUUCUGAGACAGACAGGACCCAGCAGACUGACCUUUGUUGGAGAAUUGUCCCACAACCGUUUCAACCCCAAGAUGGACCACCUGGUGUGCUUUCUGCCAGGAACUUUAGCGCUGGGGGCCCACAAUGGCCUCCCAGGUGAUCACAUGGAUCUAGCUCUGCAGCUGAUGGAGACCUGUCAUCAGAUGUACGCACAGAUGGAGACCGGACUGAGCCCUGAGAUCGCACAUUUCAACCUGCAGGCCCGUGAUGGGCGUGACGUUGAUGUGAAGCCUGCAGACAGACACAACCUGCUGCGACCGGAGACAGUGGAAAGUCUUUUCUACAUGUACAGGUUCACUAAGGACACCAAGUACAGAGACUGGGGAUGGGACAUUCUGCAGAGCUUCAACAAAUACACCAAGGUCUCCAGUGGUGGCUACACCUCCAUUAACAAUGUCCGUGACCCUGUUAACCCCGGCCCCAGGGACAAGAUGGAGAGUUUCUUCCUUGGUGAGACACUGAAGUACUUAUAUCUGCUCUUUUCUGACGACAUGGAGCUGCUCAGUCUAGACAAGUAUGUCUUCAACACCGAGGCCCAUCCUCUCCCCAUCUGGCCCUCCCCGCCCAAGUGACGUGUUGCCAUAGAGGAGAUGUCUACUAUCAGCCAUCCCACAGAGUCUUUUAUUCGUCCCGGGCUAUUAUUGCCACUCAACAAAUCAAUCACCUGACCAUGGAAUCGUCCAGAACUGGUGUGUUGAGCAGUAAAACAGAACAAAUAUACUGUCCACCGAUACUUUGAUAUGUUUCCAUGUGAAGGAGAUUAUUUUUAAAGUUUUUUUUUUUUUUUUUUCUAAGGUGUGAGAUAGAGCUGGUCUCUAAUGUAAAAUGCUUUUUUUUGUUUGUUUGUUUUUAAUUCAUUGCACAAAUGUGGCUUCCUAGUGCUAACAAGAAGCAAUGUGAGGGCAAAAGCUGUUAUACUGUUAUGAUAGGGACUGUCAUUUUUUCUGCUGGAUAGUCUUGCGUGUAUGUGGUUUACAAUAAUUAUGUCCUUUGCCUGGCUUUUGCUUUGCCAUGUGAGGUGAAUAUUCAUUAAUUCUAGCUGGGUAUCCUGGCUGCGUAGAGAUCUGCCACCUUGGCUGAUCACUGAUCUGAAGGAAUAUGUUGGAAAAAACAUUUUAGUAGAUUGGUAUAUUUCAUUUAUUUCUGUUAAAUCACUGGUGUUUUAAAAACCACUAACCAAUGACAGAAGUUUAUGAUGAGAGUUCAGCCUAAUGCAUACCUAACCACACUGCUCAGGACAAGGUUUUUUUUUUUUUUUUUUUUUUUUUUUUUUUUUUUUGUUCCUCGUAUGCCUUGGUAUUGUGUAGGGUUACAUCCAGUGCACCGGCUCAGGUACAAAAACUAGAGAAAUAUAAUUUACAGUUACUGGCUACCAAGCCAUUUCCCAAGAAAAUAUGCUGUGAGUUUUGAAUACACAGUAAGGGAGGGUAAAAUAAAUUUAUUUCAGUUAGAUUAGUUCAACUUUAAAAAUGUACGGGUUAAUGUCAAGGAAGGUUGACAGCAAUCAAAUGAAAAAUCAACCCAGUAACAAUUAUUUAAAAAUGAGCCAUUUGUGAUUUAUCUUGGAAUUCUUGGUCCAUCUUUUUGGUUCGUUGGUUGGUUUGUUUUGUUUUCUUAUUCCUGUCGAUACCUGACCAAAGUUAGAUGGUGCGGCAUCACAUUGAGAUAUUUCCAGUGCAGCUAUAAUGGAGUUUGAUAGUAGAACAUUUUUCUAUUACCUGAAACAUCAGUGGUAAACCACAGGGGCCAUACUCACAAACACUCUCCUACAAACUCUCAGCAAGCAUUCCCACCUUAGUAGGCAUUUAGGAAAGUUCCCAGAGCUGCUCUAACCAAAGAAUGGAUGGGAACAUAUUUCUUGGUGAGGAUUGGUUGAUCUUAAAAUAAAAAUAAUAAUGAAAAAAAAAUGCCACUUCAUGCCUAAUCUGAGAAAUUAGUCACUAUUAAGACACAGGGUGAUUAUAAUAAUACAGUCUGAUACAAUCUGAAUAUCUCUGUUGAAUAAAUAGAUGAUAACUAAAUAAUGCCUAAUAUUACAAAAUGUUUGAAAUUAAAAAAAAGGUCUACUUUCACAGUAGCCUACCCGCAUGCUGAUUAGUUUCAGCCAUGCUGUUAAUUUUAGUUCUCUGUCAGUUUUAUGUUAAUAGGUAAAAAGAACAUGUUUCUGUUUUAAUUAGUUAAUUAGUUCCGACAAUUGCUGGUCAGGGUAUGUAGGCUAAGUGGCGUUGUUGUUUGGCGUUCAGCUCUACCAUAAACCCAUCUUACGAAGCUCUUAAGCUUCCUAAAAGUCCUCUCUACUCCUAACAGCUUUUCACUUCAGAGGCUUUCUUAAGGGUAGAGAUGUGGGUGAAUAAAUGUUUUUUCAGGAUUUGCUGUUGUUAUAGGGGGAAAACAUCAUAAUUAUAAGGAUUUUCUUAGAAUUACACCUCUAUGGGCAACCCUUAGUGCUAAGAAGCUUUGUGAAUACGGCCCUUGAAAUCAAAGAGCAAGGGCUUCUUUCUAGACUCGACAUUUUGUACUAAUGCUCAGAAAUCACACAAGCAGGAAUCCAUUGUAAACGAUGCAGAGACGCCAGUUUCUCCACCGGGAGCAGCCACAGCAGACAGCCAUGCAGUGCAGCCAUAAGACAUGCAUUUUAAGUAAGGGCACAGCCAUGAUCACAGCCUUUCUCAGGAGGUUGUCAGAGGUCACUGUGGGGUGGCUCACCUGGUAGAGUGCGUACCACGUAUCAAGGUUGAGUCCUUACUGGAGCGACCGGGUUAGAAUCCAGCCUGUCUCUCUACACUGUCACUAUCAAAUACAGCAGAAAUGCCAAAAAAAAAAUCAUCUUUAAAAAAAAUAAUAAAAACAUGUCUUGUCUGGUAAAUAUGGGAAAACUCUAACUGAAGGAGAAUGAGACAAGGCAGACAUAGGGGGAGUCAUUUUGUCACAAAAUAACUCUUGCAAGGCAUUGCAGAUCACAGUCUGAUUAAAUUCUAACAGUGCAAGAGUAUGCAAGGACGGGGUUUUUUGCAUUAAUACAGUCCCUUAACAGAUUUUGUUUUACAAGCCCCACAACAAUGGAAACAACGGUUUGUGGGGAAAAAAAAAAGAAAAAGCCUGGCUGUGCACAGAUUUCACUACCUAGUGCGACUCAUAUGAAACUCGUAUGCCGACUUAUAACCAGCCAGGGCCACCUAAGUCUGACUGGUGACGGCACACCAGAUGAUCCAAGUGCACUGCAAAAAAUAUCCAUCUUAAGUGAUCUUAUUUUUCUUGAAAAAGAGGGAAAAACCUCACUCAUUCACAAACUCAUUUCCUUGCACUUUCAGUUAUUUUAAAGAAUUUUCUGAAGGGAGUACAGUAAUGGAUUAAAAGAAGCGAAUCAGUCCACUGUAAUCCUGUUACUGUCACUUGAUUGUGGGAAAUGCUUGGAACACGUUGAUUUAUCAUCUGCAGCAUGAAACGUCUCACAUUGCCAGCCGUGUUUGCCUUUUUUUCCCGCAUGCUUUGAGCAAAAUAUGUUUUUAAAGACUCUACCAGAAUAAAUCACUAGUUGAGAUGGCAUAUUUUGCGGUAUGCCAAAUGAAUGUAUGGCUUUUAGGCCUCGACUGACUCUUGUUGCUGUUACAAAGACGAACCAGUUGAUGGAUGGCACUUUGAAGUCCCAGGAUGCAUUGCACUUAAACACAUAAAUCCGUAAAAUGGAUUUGUUAAUGGACAUGCAUGUAGGUGAUUCUUUGUGUAACGUUUCCUCUGUGAUUCAGGAAUAUGUAGCGGUGCUUCUGGUUUGAGGUGAAACUGCUGCUUUUCGAUGCAACGGAUAGUAAAAAGUUCAAAUCAGAACACAGGAUAACACCUCCUUGCUAAUUGAAUUCAGAGGAAACAAUGGCCAUGUCAUAGUCUAAUGGUAUGAAGGUUAAAAAAACGAACAAGAUCGAUCCUGAAUGAUUUGCGCUUUGGGACCACACACUAUUAUGACAGCUAUUUAUUUUGAUUUUUUUUUUUUUUUUUUUUUUUUUUUAUGGCGAAUGUGAAUAUUUGUUCUUUUUAUAUUCCUGUCAGAGAUAAGCACUUAUGCAGCAAGUGUAACCCUAUUGUUUUACAUUAUUGUAUGAAGGGGAAUUCAGUUAAGGCUGCCAUGCAGUCUUAAAUAUGCAGUUACUGUAUAAUUAUGAAACUAACUUUUCUGUACAAGAUGAAAUCCAAUGGCAUUUGUGCAAUUAACCCAUUCUCAAUACAUGAGAAUAUGGACUGAUGCAUCUAUCCACUUUGGACAGACUUCAACAUGCCCAAGAAUUAAAGUUUAUUGAAUUGUUUUCUUCACAUUAUCCAGCAAUCAUGACUAUCUGUUGUUUUUUGUUGUUUUUUUUCAUAUGAAUCAGUGUAUGAGUAUUUGUAUUCCAGGGAUAAUGUGGACAGCGAGGAGUGCUGGUUGGACUGAGAAUCAGGAGAAGAUAGUUGCAGUCACACACACUACUGGCCUGGUAAUACUUUUUUAUUCUGGUUAAUAGCAAACAGACGUUUCAGUCCAAAAUCAAUCUUCAUUGCCUACUUAAAAUCAAAUUUUUUAUUAUUUUUUCACAACAAAUGGUAAAAAGGCAAUCUAUGUUUUGUAUUUUUAACUAUCUUCUCCUAACUAUGAAUCUCUGUCCAACAGAUAAUUAAGCAUAUAUUGAUCCACAUCAUGGAAUGGGUAUUUCAUUUGCCAGACAUCUGUUGUGCCUCUUGAAAUGUACAUUGUUUCACGGUGGUUUGGUUCAUUUUCAUUGCUACUGAAUAAGUGAUGAGAAUUUUUUUUUUCUUUGUAAAGCAAUGUGUAUAAACAGUGUCUUGAUUUAUGGCUUGAGUUUUUAUUCCAGGGUGGAAGGACAAAAUGAGCAAAUGGUGUAAAUAUUUUGUGUAAGUUUUUAUUAACUUGUCUACUAAAUCAAACCUGUAUGUCCAUUGAUUGCCGAGCGCUCUCUGAUCCUUACAGACUGUGUGCCAUGUCGUCAAAAUAUGAUUUAAUGAGGUCACUUUCAUGUGUUCCAGUUUGGUGUCAUGUCUCAUGUGUGUGUGUGUGUGUGUAUGUGUGCGCGCGCAAUAGGCUUUUUCAUAAAAUCCUUUAUGAUGAUCAUGAUGGUGUUUGUUUUAAAGAUCCCUUUUUUAGCAUAGCCAGCAAAAUCCAGUGCCAUUCCUCUUGCAGAUCUCUUGCAUGCUCAAGUGAGCUUGCUUCACCGAAUCACUUGCUGACUCGUCGUUUUGCGUUCCUGAACCACUGACUUCAACUUGACUGAUGUCAUAUUGUGGCAUAGGUGCACUAAAAAUACAGAUCCAAGUUAGCAUGGAUGACUUUAGUGCUGAUCAGUGUUGCGAGCAGGUGUUGUGAAGGGCAGCUGUGGGACGCACACAUUUAGGAAACAUCAGUGAUAAGAGGUGCUCACCUAAUAAUCCCAACAGCAUUCCUGUUCUCCGCCUCUGUCCCCUAAAAUCCAAGCUCGGCUUCGAGAAAAUAGCACAUUGUGGUCGGUUCAUCCAGCCUCUGUGCACUGGUUGUUAAUUUGUUCUGGAUCAGUUCUGGCAGGCAUCUUUGGUGCUUUCUUAACCAUCAUGAAGCGGUCUCUAAUGUUCCUCUAGUGCCUUCCAAGCCUUGAUAUGCCGUGAUAUUCAAUAUACUCCUCCAUACAUCGGGGCCAGCACCUCCGCUAAGCCAUAGUGACCAAGGUGCACCAGUGUGAUCUGGUGGUGACAGAGUCUCACAACCAGAAUCUCCACAAGAGCUGUCUCCUUCCCUGUUUAAGUGUCCUCGAGGACACCAAAUCCUUUCUGCCCUCUUUAUUUAAAAAGUAGUCUAGAUGUGUUUUAGAGAGCUGUAAGGGAAAAAGUGCUUGACAGUGUGGCCAUGGAAUGGAAAGCAGUGAACGACAGGUCUCUUAACACAGAUAAGUGCUCUGAUUUGCACGUGUAAUUGCCUCUCAGCUUUGGCAGAAAUCAGCCUUUACGCCCUGUCACAUAAUCAUGAUCAGUUUUUUGUGCUUAGUUGGUGUGUGUCAAGAGGCUGGCGAAAACAGAAAAGAUAGAGGACCAGAAAUGAGUCAUUCAGCUCCACGACGAGCUCCCACAUAAGCUAUUGUCAUUUUGUAUUGUAAUUACUUUAUAUUUUUGAUCCUGUGACAUGCUGUGGCUUUUUUUUUUUUUUUAAGUAAUUCGGGCUGUCUGGUGUACUUACUGCAAAAGCAGUAGAACAGAGAGUGACACAGCAGAGAUCAUAGAAAGGAAUUUGAACAAGUAAUUUAAUCUUGCACAAAACCUUAAAGUUUUAAUUUACUUGAAACAAAUGGAGAGGCGCCUCAUUCGUUUGAACUGUUUCAGUAUACAAUCCCUCUUUCUACAAGAGAAACAUGGCAAUAUCUUAUCAUUCCACCUCUUUCAAGAAAAUGCUGCUGGUUUCUCAAAAUAAAUACAUAUUUCUUUUCAGCUGCUUCCAAAAAACAAGAUUUUAAUGACAUAGCAAUCAGUGACAGAUUAAAUGACAUGCGAUGAUGAUGAUAGAGAAAAAAAAAAAAAAAGCUCAUAC